AUGGGAGGUAAGUUCAGCCUAGAUCGGUCCGGGAUGAAGGUCGGCCCUUGGUAUCAGCAGCGAUGCCGAAACCGUCCAGGGUGCUCUGGUCUCCAAGCCACCGGCGCGGUCCUUGUGUCUAACACCAGCUUCGCAGACCAACGAACACAAGCCAACAUGAGACUCUCCGUCGCUGCCAUCUUCCUCGCCGUUACCGGCAUCAUUGCUGCGCCGGCCCCCGUCGCCGAGCCCGAGGCCGUUGCUGAGCCUGCUCCCGGAGGCUACGGCCACUAUGGCGGCUACGGCAAGUACGGUACUCCCAAGGGAGGAUACAGCACCUACGGCAAAUACCCCACUCCCAAGGGGGGUUACGGAAAGUACGGAGGCUACGGCAAGUACAAGAAGGAUCUCAGCGAGGCUCAGGAUGCCGAGGAAUAG